UUGCAUUCUCAUCCCCAUAACAACAUCUCCUGUGUAUUCUCAAGUUCUACAAAAUGCAAGCAACAUCUCUAUGUUCUCCUGUGUUCUUAUCAAACCCUCUUUCACGAGAACACAAGAUUUUCUCUAAUGUCACCACCCCUCGUAGGAGUUUAAUCUGUGCAUCAAAAAGUGACUCGUUCGGGCACCACUAUGAGGGGAAGAUGGUGGACGAGAACAUGAUCCUUCUCAGAAUGCGAAUUCGAGAGAUUGAGAUGAUCGAAUUGAAGGGUAAAGCUUCUUCGGAUUGGAGUGAAUGGGAGAAGAAGCAUUUCCAGAAUUAUGAUUCGGAUGUAUGCGAAGCAGUUGGAGUGUUGCAAAGAGUGUUAAUGAACACUAGACCUUCUCUUGCACUUGCCACAUUCGCUCUUCUUACGCUAACCAUGUCAAUGUCAAUGUUGCAACUUCUGUUUCAUCUUCUAGGGUUGGACAAAGGAAUCCUAUGAUAUCUGAAAAGGGCAAUGGAUUGAGAUCACAAACCAUGUUCUUACUUGAUGUAGAAAUUAUUCUUCUUUCAAAUAUUAAAAAAUAAAAUAGGUAAAUAUUCAUUUUUAAAUUAAAGAAAGUAUGAAU